AUGGUUCCUGCUCUGCUGGGGAGGGCAUUGCUUGUGCUGGUACUUGCCUUGUCAGGGAUCCUUUGUGAAGAAGGGACUCUUGGCAAGCUGUCCAUGGGCCGAUGCAGCCUCUUUGGAGAUGACUUCAUCAACACCUUUGACGAGAGCAUGUACAGCUUUGCUGGAGACUGUAGUUAUUUCUUGGCUGGGGACUGUCAGAAACACUCCUUUUCUGUUCUUGGGGACUUUCAAAAUGGCAAGAGAGUGAGCCUUUCUGUGUACCUUGGAGAAUUUUUUGACAUCCAUGUAUUUGUCAAUGGUUCUGUGAUGCAAGGGAGACACAAUGUCUCGAUGCCUUAUGCCUCCAAUGGGCUGUAUCUAGAAACUGAAGCAGGUUACUACAAGUUGUCCAGUGAGGCCUAUGGCUUUGUGGCAAAGAUUGAUCGCAAUGGCAACUUACAAGUCCUGCUGUCAGACAGAUAUUUCAACAAGACUUGUGGGCUGUGUGGCAACUUCAAUAGGUUUGCUGAAGAUGACUUUGUGAGCCAGGAAGGGCUCUUGACCUCAGACCCCUAUGACUUUGCCAACUCCUGGGCCCUGAGCAGUGAACAGCGGUGUAAGCGGGCAUCCCCUCCCCACAACUACUGCAACAUCUCCUCUGCGGAAGCACAGAAGGGGCUGUGGGAGCAGUGCCAGCUUCUGAAGAGUGCCUCGGUGUUCACCCGCUGCCACCCUUCGGUGGACCCCGAGCCUUUCGUGGCCCUGUGUGAGCAGGCUCUGUGCACGUGCGGUGACAGUCCCGACUGCCCUUGCUCUGCGCUCCUGGAGUACGCCCGCGCCUGCGCGCACCAGGGCGUCGUGCUCUACGGCUGGACUGCCCACAGCACCUGCAGACCAGCGUGUCCUGUUGGCAUGGAGUAUAAGGAGUGUGUGUCCCCUUGUACCAGAACCUGCCAGAGCCUACACAUCAAUGAAGUGUGUGAGGAGCAGUGCGUGGACGGCUGCAGCUGCCCUGAUGGGCAGCUCCUGGAUGAAGGCCGCUGUGUGGAGCCUGAUGAGUGUUCCUGUGUGCAUUCUGGGAAACACUACCCUCCAGGUUCCUCCCUCUCCAGAGACUGCAACACCUGUAUUUGCCGAAAGAGCCUGUGGAUCUGCAGCAAUGAAGAUUGCCCAGGGGAGUGUCUGGUCACAGGACAAUCUCACUUCAAGAGCUUUGACAACAGAUAUUUCACCUUCAGUGGGAUCUGCCAGUACCUGCUGGCCCGGGACUGCCAGGACCACUCCUUCUCCAUCGUCAUAGAGACCGUUCAGUGUGCUGAUGACCCUGAUGCUGUCUGCACUCGCUCUGUGACCACCCGUCUGCCCCUCCUGCACAACAGCCUCGUGAAGCUGAAGCAUGGGGGUGGCAUCUCCGUGGAUGGCCGGGACGUCCAGCUUCCUUUCCUGCAAGGUGACCUCCGCAUCCAGCCCACCGUACUGGCCUCUGUGCGCUUCAACUAUGGGGAGGACCUGCAGCUGGACUGGGAUGGCCGCGGGAGGCUGCUGGUGAAGUUGUCCCCUGUCUAUGCUGGGAAGACCUGCGGCCUGUGUGGGAAUUACAAUGGCAACAAGGGCGAUGACUUCCUCACUCCCUCGGGCCUGGUGGAGCCCCUGGUGGAGGACUUUGGGAACGCCUGGAAGCUGCACGGGGACUGCCAAGACCUCCAGAAGCAGGACAGCGAUCCCUGCAACCUCAACCCUCGCCUAACCAGGUUUGCAGAGCAGGCUUGUGCUGUUCUGAUUUCCUCCAAGUUCGAGGCCUGCCACCACACUGUCAGCCCCCGGCCCUACCUGCAGAACUGCCACUACGAUGUCUGCUCCUGUUCCAAUGGCAAAGACUGCCUGUGCGGCGCGGUGGCCAGCUACGCUGCGGCCUGUGCCCAGAGGGGCGUGAGCAUUGCGUGGCGGGAGCCCAACUUCUGUGCACUGAACUGCCCGCAUGACCAGGUGUACCUGCAAUGUGGGACCCCCUGCAACCUCACCUGCCGCUCCCUCUCUUACCCGGAUGAGGAAUGUAAUGAGAUCUGCACUGAGGGCUGCUUCUGCCCUCCAGGACUCUACCUGGAUGAUAGGGGGGACUGUGUGCCCAAGGACCACUGUCCUUGCUACUAUGACGGUGAGAUCUUCCAGCCCGAAGAUGUUGUCUCAAACCACCACACCAUAUGCUAUUGCGAGGAUGGUUUCAUGCACUGUAGCAUGGGUGGAGUCCCGGGAAGCCUGUGGCCAGAUGCUGUCCUCAGCAGUCCCCUCUCUCAUCGCAGCAAAAGGAGCCUGACCUGCCGGCCACCCAUGGUCAAACUGGUGUGUCCUGCUGACAACCCACGGGCUGAAGGCCUUGAGUGUGCCAAAACCUGCCAAAACUACGACCUGGAAUGCAUGAGCACUGGCUGCGUCUCUGGCUGCCUCUGCCCCCCGGACAUGGUCCGACAUGAAAACAAAUGUGUGGCCCUGGAAAGAUGUCCCUGCUUCCAUCAGGGCAAAGAGUACGCUCCAGGGGAAACGGUGAAGAUGGACUGCAACACUUGUGUUUGUCGUGACCGGAAGUGGAUCUGCACAGACAAAGUUUGUGAUGCAACCUGCUCUGUGCUGGGCAUGGCCCACUAUCUCACCUUUGAUGGGCUCAAGUACAUGUUCCCUGGGGAGUGCCAGUACGUUCUGGUGCAGGAUUACUGUGGUAGCAACCCUGGAAGCUUUCGCAUCCUGGUGAGCAAUGAAGGAUGCGGCUAUCCCUCCCUGAAAUGCAAAAAGCGGGUCACCAUCCUGAUUGAAGAAGGAGAGAUUGAACUGUUUGAUGGGGAGGUGAAUGUGAAGACACCUAUGAAGGAUGAGACUCAUUUUGAAGUGUUGGAAUCCGGCCGAUAUGUCAUUCUGCUCCUGAGUAAAGCGCUCUCUGUGGUCUGGGACCACCACCUGGCCAUUUCAGUGGUCCUGAAGCAGACAUACCAGGAGCGGGUGUGUGGCCUGUGUGGGGAUUUUGAUGGCAUCCAGAACAAUGACUUCACCAGCAGCAACCUCCAAGUGGAAGAAGACCCCGUGGACUUUGGGAAUUCCUGGAAAGUGAACACACAGUGUGCUGACACCAAGAAGGUGCCACUGGACUCCUCUCCCUCCACCUGCCGCAACAACAUCGUGAAGCAGACGAUGGUGGACUCCUCCUGCCGGAUCCUGACUAGUAACGUUUUCCAGGACUGCAACAAGCUGGUGAACCCUGAGCCAUACCUGGAUGCCUGCAUUUAUGACGCCUGCUCUUGUGAGUCCAUCGGUAACUGUGCCUGCUUCUGUGACACCGUUGCUGCCUAUGCCCAUGCAUGUGCCCAGCAUGGCAAACCGGUGACCUGGAGGACAGCCAUGUUGUGCCCCCAAACCUGCGAGGAGAGGAACCAGCGGGAAAAUGGCUAUGAAUGCGAAUGGCGCUAUAACAGCUGUGCACCUGCCUGCCCCGUCACCUGUCAGCACCCCGAGCCUCUCGCAUGCCCUGUGCAGUGUGUGGAGGGCUGCCACGCACAGUGCCCCCCAGGGAAGAUUCUGGAUGAGUUUCUACAGACCUGCAUCAACCUUGAAGAAUGCCCCAUGUGUGAGGUGGCCGGCCGGCGCUUACCCACAGGAAAGAGAGUCACCUUGAACACCAGUGACCCUCAGCACUGCCAGAUCUGUCGCUGUGAUGGUGUUAACUUGACCUGUGAAGCCUGCAAGGUGCCAGAAGACUUUGUGCUGCCUGCCUCAGUAGCCCCGGUCAUCCCCACCACGCCAUAUGUGGAGGACAUUCCAGAGGUGCCGCUGCAUGACUUCUACUGCAGCAAGCUGCUGGACCUGGCCUUCCUGCUGGACGGCUCCUCCAAGCUGUCAGAGGCUGAGUUUGAGGUGCUGAAAGCCUUUGUGGUAAGCAUGAUGGAGCGACUGCACAUCUCUCAGAAGCGGAUCCGCGUGGCCUUAAUAGAAUACCAUGAUGGCUCGCACUCCUACAUCGAGCUCAAGGACCGGAAGCGGCCAUCGGACCUGCGGCGCAUCGCUGGCCAGGUGAGGUACGUGGGCAGCAAUGUGGCUUCCACCAGUGAAGUUUUGAAGUAUACGCUGUUCCAAGUGUUUGGCAAGGCAGACCGCCCAGAGGCCUCCCGCAUUGCCCUGCUCCUGACGGCCAGCCAGGAGCCCCCACGGAUGGCCCGGAACUUGGUCCGCUAUGUGCAGGGCCUGAAGAAGAAGAAGGUCAUCGUGAUCCCUGUGGGCAUCGGGCCUCAUGCCAACCUCAGGCAGAUCCACCUCAUUGAGAAGCAAGCCCCUGAGAACAAGGCCUUUGUGCUCAGCAGUGUGGACGAGCUGGAACAGAGGAGGGACGAGAUCAUUAGUUAUCUCUGUGACCUGGCUCCAGAGCCACCUCCCCCAACUCAACCCCCCCAAGUGGCACAAGUCACUGUGCGUCCGCAGGGAACUAUGCUGCCGGAGCCCACACAGCGCUCCAUGGUGCUGGAUGUGGCGUUUGUUCUGGAAGGAUCAGAUACGUUUGGAGAAGCCAACUUCAACUGGAGCCGGCAGUUGUUGGAGGAGGUGAUCCAGCAGAUGGACGUGGGCCAGGACAGCAUCCACGUCACGGUGCUGCAGUACUCAAACGUGGUCAGGGUGGAGUACACCUUCAGCGAGGCACAGUCUAAGGAUGCUGUUCUGCAGCACGUGCGGGAAAUCCAGUAUCUGGGUGGCAACAAGACCAACACAGGACUGGCCCUACAGUACAUCUCUGAUCAUAGCUUCUCUCCUAGCCAGGGGGACCGUGAGCAGGCCCCUAACCUGGUCUACAUGGUCACAGCAAACCCUGCCUCUGAUGAGAUCAAGAGGCUGCCUGGAGACAUACAGUUAGUGCCCAUCGGAGUGGGCCCUCACGCCAAUGUGCAGGAGCUGGAGAGGAUCAGCUGGCCCAAUGCCCCCAUUCUCAUCCAGGACUUUGAGAAUCUCCCCCGUGAGGCUCCAGACCUGAUAUUGCAGAGUUGCUGCUCUGGGGAGGGCCUGAAGAUCCCUACUCUCUCCCCAGCCCGAGACUGCAAUCAGCCCCUGGAUGUGGUUCUUCUGCUGGACGGCUCCAUCAAUGUCCCAGCUCCUUCCUUUGAAGAAAUGAAAAACUUUGCCAAGACUUUCAUCUCCAAAGUAAAUAUUGGUCCUCAUCACACUCACGUGGCAGUGCUCCAGUUCGGAGGCAUCAUCACCAUCGAUGUCCCAUGGAACGAGGCCCAGGACCGGGCCCAUUUACAGAAUCUGGUGGACCUCAUGCAGCAGGAGCGUGGCUUCGGUCAUAUUGGGUAUGCUUUGGACUUUGCUGUGCGCUAUGCAACUUCAGAAAUCCAUGGUGCCCGGCCUGGAGUCUCCAAGGUGGUGGUCAUUCUAGUGAUGGAUGUCUCCGUGGAUUCAGUGGAUGCAGCUGCCAUUGCUGCCAGGUCCAACCGAGUGACAGUAUUCCCUAUUGGGAUUGGGGAUCGGUAUGAUAUAUCCCAGCUGCGGAUCUUGGCUGGUCCAGAUGCCAGCACCAAUGUGGUGACGCUCCAGCGGAUUGAAGACCUCACUACUAUGAUCACGUUGGAUGGUUCCUUCCUCCACAAGCUGUGCUCUGGCUUUGUUAGGGUUUGCAUGGAUGAAGAUGGGAAUGAGAAGAAGCCUGGGGACAUCUGGACCUUGCCAGAUCAGUGCCACACAGUGACCUGCCUGCCAAGCGGCCAGACCUUGUUGCAGAAUCACCGAGUCAACUGCGACCGGGGACCAAAGCCAUCAUGCCCUAACAGUCAGUCUCCCAUUAGGGUAGAGGAGACCUGUGGUUGCCGCUGGACCUGCCCCUGUGUAUGUACGGGAAGUUCCACCCGGCACAUUGUGACCUUUGAUGGGCAGAAUUUCAAGCUGACUGGCAGCUGUUCCUAUGUCCUAUUUCAAAACAAGGAGCAAGACCUGGAGGUGAUUCUCCAUAAUGGUGCCUGUAGCCCUGAGGCUCAGCAGACCUGCAUGAAAUCCAUUGAAGUGAAGCAUGGUGGCCUGUCUGUGGAACUCCACAGUGACAUGGAGGUGACUGUUAAUGGAAGAGUGGUGUCUGUCCCUUACGUGGGGGGAAACAUGAAAAUCAAUGUUUAUGGUGCCAUCAUGCAUGAGAUCAGAUUCAACCACAUUGGCCACAUCUUCACAUUUACUCCACAAAACAAUGAGUUCCAGUUGCAGCUUAGCCCUAAGACCUUUGCUUCAAAGAUGUAUGGACUCUGUGGAAUCUGUGAUGAGAAUGGGGCCAAUGACUUCAUGUUGAGAGAUGGUACAGUUACUACAGACCACAGAGCACUCAUCCAGGACUGGACGGUGGAGCAGCCAGGGAAAAUAUGCCAGUCGCUUCCUGAAGAGCAGUGUCCUACUUCCAGCAGCACCCAGUGCCAUGUCCUCCUCUCAGACCUAUUUGCUGAAUGCCACAAGGUUUUUGUUCCAGCCGCAUUUUACUCUAUUUGCCAGCAGAACAGUUGCCACCAGGAGCAAGUGUGUGAUGCGAUUGCCUCUUAUGCCCACCUCUGUCGGAUCAAUGGAAUCUGUGUUGACUGGAGAGCAACUGAUUUCUGUGCCAUGUCAUGUCCACCCUCCCUGGUAUACAACCAUUGUGAGCAUGGCUGCCCCCAGCACUGUGAGGGAAACACAAGUUCCUGUGGGGACCAUCCCUCGGAAGGCUGCUUCUGCCCCCCCAACCAAGUCCUUCUGGAAGGUCGCUGUGUCCCCAGGGACGCCUGCACCCAGUGCAUCAGUGAAGAUGGAGUCCAGCACCAGUUUUUGGAAACCUGGGUUCCUAAGCACCAACCUUGCCAGAUCUGCAUGUGCCUCAGUGGACGGAAGGUCAACUGCACCUCACAGCCCUGCCCCACAGCCAGAGCUCCCACAUGUGGUCCUUGUGAAGUGGCUCGCCUCCACCAGAAUCCAGACCAGUGCUGCCCAGAGUAUGAGUGCGUGUGCGACCUGGGGAGCUGUGACUUGCCGCCGGUGCCUCACUGUGAAGGUGGCCUCCAGCCUACACUGACCAAUCCCGGCGAGUGCAGACCCAUCUUCACCUGUGCCUGUAGGAAAGAAGAAUGCAGAAGGGAGUCCCCGCCUUCCUGCCCCCCCCACCGGACCCCGGCCCUUCGCAAGACCCAGUGCUGUGAUGAGUAUGAGUGUGCUUGUAACUGUGUCAACUCUACAGUGAGCUGCCCACUUGGGUACCUGGCCUCAGUCGUCACUAAUGACUGUGGCUGCACCACAACUACCUGUCACCCUGACAAGGUUUGUGUCCACCGAGGCACCAUCUACCCAGAAGGCCAGUUCUGGGAGGAGGGUUGUGACAUGUGUACCUGCACCAACAUGGAGGACACGGUGACGGGCCUGCGUAUGCUGCAGUGUUCUCAGAAGUCCUGUGAAGAUGUCUGUAGGUCGGGAUUCACAUAUGUUCUCCAUGAAGACGAGUGCUGUGGAAAGUGCCUGCCUUCUGCCUGUGAGGUGAUAAUUGGCUCACCACGGGGAGACUCUCAUUCCUCCUGGAAGAGUGUUGGCUCUCAUUGGACCUCCCCUAAGAACCCCUGUCUCAUCAACGAGUGUGUGCGAGUGAAGGAGGAGGUCUUUGUGCAACAGAAGAACGUCUCCUGCCCCCAACUGGAUGUCCCCACCUGCCCCGUCGGCUUCCAGCUGAGCUGCAAGACCUUCGAAUGCUGUCCUUCCUGUCACUGUGAGCCCGUGGAGGCCUGUGUGAUCAAUGGCACCAUCAUCGAGCCUGGGAAGAGUCUGAUGAUUGAUGUGUGCACAACUUGCCACUGCACCACCCAGAUGGGAGUCAUCUCGGGGUUCAAGCUGGAGUGCAGGAAGACCACCUGUGAGGCUUGCCCGCCGGGUUACAAGGAGGAGAAGGCCCAGGGUGAAUGUUGUGGGAGAUGUCUGCCAAUGGCUUGUACCAUUCAGCUGAGAGGAGGAGAAAUCGUGACUCUGCAGCGUGAUGAGACACUGCAGGAUGGCUGUGAUAAUCACUUCUGCAAAGUCAAUGACAGAGGAGAGUACAUCUGGGAGAAGAGAGUCACGGGCUGCCCACCCUUUGAUGAGCACAAAUGUCUAGCCGAGGGAGGGAAAAUCACAAAAAUUCCAGGCACCUGCUGUGACACUUGUGAGGAGCCUGAAUGCAAAGACAUCAUUGCUAGACUGAAGUAUGUCAAAGUGGGAGACUGUAAGUCCCAAGAGGAAGUGAACAUUCAUUACUGUCAGGGUAAAUGCACCAGCAAAGCUGUGUACUCCAUCGACACCGAGGAUGUGCAGGACCUGUGCUCCUGCUGCUCUCCGACGCUGACUGAGCCCAUGCAGGUGCCCCUGCACUGCGUCAAUGGCUCCACUGUGUACCACACGGUCCUCAAUGCCAAGCAGUGCAAGUGCUCCCCCAGGAAGUGCAGCAAGUGA